GCCGCAGCCGGCGCCGAGGGCAGCCGACGAGGACGUGCCCGGCCGGCUGCCCGGUGCCCUGCCUCGCCCAGCAGCUCGGCCCGCCGGGAGGGAUGCGCCGUGCCGCCCUGCUCUCCUCCGCUCGGCCCGUGCCCUGAAGCAGAAAGUUUGGGGGCCGGGGCUUGUCUCCCCCCUCCCUCCUGCAAUGACUGCCCAAGGACUCCUGCCGCCCAGCCUCGACUGUGACCUGCCUUCGCCCCCCAGGUCAUAAUGAACUAUUCCAAGCUGUAAUCAAGGCUCUCCCUCCUCGCCCCUCCCUCACCCUGCUUUAAAAAUCUUUUUUUUUUUUUAACUCAAGAAAUUGUGAUCUGCCGACUCCCUUUCUUGUGAAUAAUUUAGACCCCAGGCCUCAUUUCUGAGUGUAAGAGGGGGUGCGGUCCCCCGAAGACGGCGCGCUGGAAGGACAGAUUCCCCUUGCCGACCCACAUACACCAUGAAGAGGUGUAAAUCGGACGAGCUGCAGCAACAACAGGGCGAGGAGGAUGGAGCUGGGCUGGAAGAUGCCGCUUGCCACCUGCCGGGCGCAGACCUCCGGCCUGGGGAGGCCACGGGUGCUAACUCUGCUGGCGGGCCAACUUCAGAUGCCGGCGCUGCCGCGGCGCCCAACCCAGGUCCCCGAAGCAAGCCUCCUGAUUUAAAGAAAAUCCAGCAGCUCUCCGAGGGCUCCAUGUUCGGCCACGGCCUGAAGCACCUGUUCCACAGCCGCCGCCGCUCGCGGGAGCGGGAGCACCAGGCGUCUCAGGAGUCGCAGCAGCAGCAGCAGCAGCAGCAGGGCAUGUCGGACCAUGACUCCCCGGACGAGAAGGAGCGCUCCCCCGAGAUGCACCGCGUGUCCUACGCCGUGUCCCUGCACGACCUGCCCGCCCGGCCCACCGCCUUCAACCGCGUGCUGCAGCAGAUCCGCUCGCGGCCCUCCAUCAAGCGGGGCGCCAGCCUGCACAGCGGCGGGGGCGGCGGGGGCGGCAGCCGGCGCUCCAAGAGCAGCUCCCUGGAGCCGCAGCGCGGCAGCCCCCACCUGCUGCGCAAGGCCCCCCAGGACAGCGGCCUGGCCGCCAUCCUGCACCAGCACCAGUGCCGGCCCCGCUCCUCCUCCACCACCGACACCGCCCUGCUGCUGGCCGACGGCACCAGCGUCUACCUGCUGGCCGAGGAGGCCGAGGGCCUGGGAGACAAGGUGGACAAGGGAGACCUGGUGGGCCUGAGCCUCCCUUCCGGCCCCGGCCACGGCGACACUGACGGCCCCGUCAGCCUGGACGUGCCGGACGGGGCGCCGGACCCCCAGCGGACCAAGGCCGCCAUCGACCACCUGCACCAGAAGAUCCUGAAGAUCACGGAGCAGAUCAAGAUCGAGCAGGAGGCACGGGACGACAACGUGGCGGAGUACCUGAAGCUGGCCAACAACGCGGACAGGCAGCAGGCCUCGCGCAUCAAGCAGGUGUUCGAGAAGAAGAACCAGAAGUCGGCCCAGACCAUCGCGCAGCUGCACAAGAAGCUGGAGCACUACCGCCGGCGCCUGAGGGAGAUCGAGCAGAACGGGCCCUCGCGGCAGCCCAAGGACGUGCUGCGGGACAUGCAGCAGGGGCUGAAGGACGUGGGCGCCAACGUGCGCGCGGGCAUCAGCGGCUUCGGGGGCGGCGUGGUGGAGGGCGUCAAGGGCAGCCUCUCGGGCCUCUCGCAGGCCACCCACACUGCCGUGGUGUCCAAGCCCCGGGAGUUCGCCAGCCUGAUCCGCAACAAGUUCGGCAGUGCCGACAACAUCGCCCACCUGAAGGACCCGCUGGAGGACGGGCCCCCCGAGGAGGCGGCCCGGGCGCUGAGCGGCAGCGCCACGCUGGUGUCCAGCCCCAAGUACGGCAGCGACGACGAGUGCUCUAGCGCCAGCGCCAGCUCGGCCGGGGCGGGCAGCAACUCCGGGGCGGGGCCCGGCGGGGCGCUGGGGAGCCCCAAGUCCAACGCGCUGUACGGCGCCCCCGGGAACCUGGACGCUCUGCUGGGGGACCUGCGGGAGAUCAAGGAGGGACAGUCGCACCUGGAGGACUCCAUGGAGGACCUGAAGACCCAGCUGCAGAGGGACUACACCUACAUGACCCAGUGCCUGCAGGAGGAGCGCUACAGGUACGAGCGGCUGGAGGAGCAGCUCAACGACCUGACCGAGCUCCACCAGAACGAGAUGACCAACCUGAAGCAGGAGCUGGCCAGCAUGGAGGAGAAGGUGGCCUACCAGUCCUACGAGAGGGCUCGGGACAUCCAGGAGGCCGUGGAGUCCUGCCUGACCCGGGUCACCAAGCUGGAGCUGCAGCAGCAGCAGCAGCAGGUGGUGCAGCUGGAGGGCGUGGAGAACGCCAACGCGCGGGCGCUGCUGGGCAAGUUCAUCAACGUGAUCCUGGCGCUCAUGGCCGUGCUGCUGGUGUUCGUGUCCACCCUCGCCAACUUCAUCACGCCCCUCAUGAAGACGCGCCUGCGCACCACCAGCACCGCCCUCCUGGUCCUCGUCCUCUUCCUCCUCUGGAAGCACUGGGACUCCCUCACCUACCUCCUGGAGCACGUGUUGCUGCCCAGCUGAGUGGCCGGCCCGCCCCGCCCCUGUGCUCUCCGGCCCCCAGCUGGCCGCCUUCUCCAGGAGGGACCCCGGGACUUCUUGGCGUCUCCGGUUUGGCCUCCUGCCCAGACUGUCCGUUCCAGCAGCUCCUGCCCCCCCGUUUGUACUUGCUUCUGUCGGACACCUUCUCCCCGUCAGCCCGGGGGAGUCUGGAGUGCAGCAGCCCUGGCUGGAGACAGUGCAGGCUCCUGGGGCCAAAUGGAGCAGAGGACGCUGGGGUUGGGGUGUUUUGGUUAUUUAUUGUCACACAAGGACUUUUCCCAGCUGACCUGGGGAUGCCCUGGGUCAGGAAGGCCACUAAGAAUAGGAGAAGGAGAGGGCUCUGCCUCAACUUCCCCGGGGAAGAGUCCACCGUGGAGAAGGUCGGGAUGAAGGCAAGAGGGCAGGGAAGGAGGCUCUGCCGGCCCAGAG